CUUCGUUAUAUACUUUUUGUAUAUAAAACAUUGUGUGUUGUGGCGGUUGUGGCGCGAAACACAGUUAACAUUCGUGUCAAUAAUCAGACAACGAAAUACACAUUCUGAUUUUGUUUUUGGCUGCAGCGUUGAUAUUUAUUGAAAAUGACAAAAAAUUCAGAUAGCAACAUAAAACCUAAGGAAAAAUUCGAUCCAAGUUCGCUUCAGGAUUUGCUACCGAUAUACUACAAGCGAUUAUUUCCGCAUCUGCAGUUUUACCGCUGGAUAUCGUACGGGCUUUCGGAAGCAUCAAUCUUCACAAAUCGGGAGUUUUCGUUCACGCUACAAGAUGACAUCUACAUACGAUUUCAAUCCUUUGAUAGUCAGACAGAGCUGGAGAAGGAAAUUUGCUCCAAGAGCCCUGCAAAAAUUGAUAUCGGAGCCGUGUACAAUGUUCGUCCCAAGGAUAAUCGGGCUAGCACUGUGAUGAAACCGGUGCAGCGAGAAUUGGUUUUCGACAUUGAUAUGACGGAUUAUGAUGAUAUUCGAACGUGCUGCAAGGAAGCCAAUGUGUGCCGAAAAUGCUGGAAGUAUAUGACCAUUGCUUGUAAGGUUAUCGAUUCUGCCUUGCGUGAAGACUUCGGAUUCGAACAUCUAUUGUGGGUGUUCAGUGGUCGCCGUGGGAUUCAUUGCUGGGUUUGUGAUAAAACUGCCAGACAUUUAGAUACAAAAGGGCGCUCUUCGAUUGCAGAGUACAUGCACAUUCUGAUCAGCGGUGGAGAAGGGUCAGUAACAAGGGUCAGUCUAGGUGACAGAAUGCAUCACGCCAUUAAACGAGCGCACAGAAUAAUUGAACCAUUGUUCGAGGAAAUCUGUCUGGUCGAUCAGAAUACUUUCGCCACUCCGGAAGGCCUUCGUAAGCUAUUGGCUAUGGUACAGGAUGAAAGCCUCCGUUUGGAACUGGACAAAAAAUUAAGACCCCAUGAAGGCAAUUCUAAAGCAAUUUGGAAGGCUUAUGUACAGUUUUUUGAAUCAUUAAGAAUAUCCGGUAAUAGAUCUAGAAAACUGAAGUUUAUAAUCGAGGAAACCCAGUUGGCAUUCACCUAUCCGCGAAUUGAUAUUAACGUUAGUAAAGGGUUCAACCAUUUGCUCAAAUCCCCGUUCUGUGUUCAUCCGAAAACGGGAAAAGUUUGCAUCCCAUUCAAUCCUAACGUUGCGGAAAAGUUCGAUCCAACGCAAGUUCCAACAAUUAACGAACUAUUGAACGAGGUAAACGCGUACGACGAAGAUAUGGCCGACGAACAGGGAGAACGUUCACGCAUUAAGGAUUACAAAAAGACCAGCAUGUUCAAGAGUACCGUAAUAUUCGAAGAGUUCUUGCGCAAACUCGAGCAAUCGUUCAAAGGCAAGGCUAUUUUGGUUAGCGAUAAGAAAAUGGAAUUCUAAUGUUAGUUUCUACUUAAUGAUGGUACGUUUUAUUUUAAAUUUUGUUACAUCCGGAAACAA